ACAUACUUAUAUACAUAGGUGUGAGAAAAGGAGAAAAGUGUAGAGCGACACGCGAGGCUUCACUUUGUUCGAUACAUAGAGCGCGGUCGGUCAGUCUUUAACGAAAAUUUAGCUGCUUCGAACGUACUUCUUUUCAAAAGAACAAUACUACCUUCGAACGGCAAACUACCUAACGAAACGGCAAAAUGGUGAAAUCCGUCGAACAUGUUGCAAGCUCCGCAGAUUUGGAUGCAAAAUUGGAAAAGGCUGGCAGUACUCUGGUCGUAAUUGAUUUUUACGCGACAUGGUGCGGUCCUUGCAAAGCAAUCGGACCAAAGAUCGAGGAAUUAGCCAAGGAAAGAGAAGACGUAAUUUUCCUUAAAGUCGAUGUCGAGGAAUGUGAAGAUAUAGUUAACAAGUACGAAAUAACCAACAUGCCUACUUUUGUUUUUAUCAAGGAAGGCAAAGUGUUGGAAAAAUUCUCUGGUGCUAAUUACGAUUUGUUGUUAAGCACGAUCCAAACUCACAAAUAAAUGAAAACGAAUGGUUCUUCAACGUGUUGUAUUUUUAAGCUAAAUAAUCUAUCUAUGCAUAGCAAUGAUAUGCACGCACGAGUCACACAAAUAUUAGAUCGUAAUUCUGAAUACUAGUCUAAAAGCAAUAAUAUAACAUCUCAAGCAAUGAAAUUUUGUCCGUAACACCGUUAUGUUUUUUUACCGUUUAUCAUACCGUUUGUAUAUCAAUUUUGCGAAAUAAAGUGCACUCGGCUUACAA